AUGGUGAAAAUCUAUUCUGAAUGGCUCUAUACAGCCACCGCUUUCUUUGCCCUCUCUUCGGCCACUUUAGACAGGAGAGCAGCCGUGGAUGAUUGCCUCAAGUCCCAUCAAGUUCCGGUAUACGCAGCAGGCACGGCAAACUACACCCAGGCCAUCAAGCCUUUCAAUCUCCGCCUUUCGUUCACCCCGGCUUCCUAUGCUGUGCCACAGACUAUCAAGCAUAUUCAAGAUGCCGUAGCCUGUGGGGUCGCAAACAAGAUCCCCGUCACCGCAAAAUGCGGAGGCCAUAGCUAUGCCGCCCAUGGCCUAGGAGGAGAAAAUGCCCACUUGAUCGUUGAUAUGCAACGUUUCAACAGCGUCACAGUUGACCAACAGGCCCAAAGAGCCGUGGUACAGGCCGGUGGAAGACUAGGAAACAUUGCUCUGGCACUGUACGACCAAGGGAAACAGGCCAUCAGCCACGGAACAUGCCCAGGUGUAGGAGUAAGCGGAUUGACACUCCAUGGCGGUUACGGACUCUCCUCUCGCAAACAUGGUCUUGCUUUGGACAAUGUUGUCUCUGCUACGGUCGUGCUUGCCAACAGUACUGUUGUGACUGCCUCAGCCGAUUCAAACCAAGACCUCUUCUGGGCUCUCCGCGGUGCCGGUGCAGCCUUUGGCAUCGUCGUCGACUUCACAUUCAAGACCUUUACUCCUCUUGAAAGCAACGUCAUCUUCGACUAUUCCUUGUCCCCGAAGAACACCAGUCAGCUAGCAAAAUAUGUAACUGCGCUACAAGACUUUUCCAUCAACGAUCAGCCUGCCGAGCUCGACAUGCGCAUGUUCCUGCCAAAGCAGCUGACAGGAGUCUACCAUGGAAACCGCUCAGAAUUCGACAAGGUCAUGGCACCCCUCCUCGCCAAACUCGACAUUCCCGCUGGCAGUGGCAAAGUAUCAGUAAAGGGAUGGAUUGACACCCUCACCCACUUUGCCUUUGGGCCCCUCAAACAAGCCGAAGUCUACGACACCCACGAGAACUUUUACGCCAAGUCUUUGAUGCCCGAGGCCCUCUCCCCUGCCGCCAUCAAGGCAAUGUCAGACUACUACUUCACGACUGCCAGCAAAAUUACCAGAGGUUGGUACCUCCUGAUCGACCUCCAUGGCGGCAAGAGCGCGUCCAUUUCCCAGGUCGGCCCGGACGAGACCAGCUACUCACACCGCAAGUCCAUUUUCAAGAUGCAAUUUUAUGACCGGAUUUUCCCGGAUAACGCUACGUAUAAGCCUGAGUACAUGAGCUUCCUGAAUGGGUGGGUCAAUGCCAUUGAGGAUGCGAGUAACGGAAGCAAAUAUGGCAUGUACGUCAAUUAUGCAGACACCGGUUUGAGCCGCACAGAGGCGCACUCUAGGUACUGGGGCGAAAAUUAUGACAGGCUCGUCAAGAUUAAGAAGUCACUUGAUCCAAACAAUGUAUUCGAGGGUCCGCAGUUGGUUGGAAGUUGAGUGGCAAGACAGAUGCCGGUGGCGAUGGUGGCUGGAUAUUAGAUUGCGAGAAGUGUGUGGGGACGUCAUUUUGUUGUUUAUGGUAGAUUGGCAACGAACACAUUAUCACCAAGAACAGUUUUAUUAUGAUACACAGCACAUACACGCCACAAUGAAUGAAGAAACUCAUAAUUCAUUACAGUAUAUCUUGAUUGA